UGACUCUUCCUCCCCAGCGCACAAUCGUAUCUAUCAUGCUUCCGAUGUUUUUGUCUUCUUGUGGGAUCAGGUUUACAUCUCACAAGUCUAUGCUUCUAGACGCCAUAUAUGAUAAUUUUCUGAAAUUCUGCAUUGGAGGUCUUGUUUGUGUUACUCUUUUCUGGCUUUAUAGCGUGAAAAAUACGGUUCUUCAUGGGCAGGUUAUCGUGCCUAGCAGGUGUUUGCUGUGCUGUUUAUGAGAAAACCAAGAGUCUUCUGCGUUGAAGGACAACUGUCCUUAGCCGUCGGAAUCGAUUGCGGUUGCUGGCUCAGUGUGACGUUGGUCAAACGCUAAUCGAAUGAAUUUUCAACAAUCACGACUAAUGUCCAUCAUGAUUGAAUUAAAUAUGGAGUCUCUUGUCGCAAGCUGCAAUUUCUUAUUCAUAAUGUUGCUAUCUAUCAGCUCGUACGAGUCUGCUCUUUUUCACUUGCUCAAUCGGGUAGAAUUUACAACUUGGAAACAUGCACUUCUAACAGUAGACAUCAAUGGCUAUCGCUUCACUUGGAUUUCUCAGUACCAAUCUUCUCAUUUUCCUCUUCAAAAUCUCCACUGCCCUUGACACCAUUACUCCCUCCCAAUCUUUGAGCGAUGGCAAGUCCUUGGUUUCCAGAGAUGGAUCAUUCGAAUUGGGUUUCUUCAGUCCCGACGAUUCCGAUUCCGAUUCCGAUUCCGAGAAACGUUACUUGGGAAUUUGGUACAGAAAUAUCCCCGGUAAAACUGUUGUCUGGGUGGCAAAUAGGAAUAAUCCAAUUAAUGGUUCUUCUGGUUUGUUGACUAUAAACAGCACAGGCAAUCCUGUGCUUCUUAGUGAGAACAUGACUGUUGUUUGGUCAGUAUCUAACUUGACAAAAGAAGCACAAGAGCCAAUUUUGCAGCUUUUAGAUUCAGGAAAUUUUGUUUUAAGAAACAGAAAUGAUGGAGAUUCAGGAAUCUACUUGUGGCAAAGCUUUGACUAUCCAUGUGAUACACUGCUGCCUGGAAUGAAGCUGGGAUGGGACUCAAGGACUGGGCUUAGUAGGCAUCUAUCAUCGUGGAAGAGCUUAAAUGAUCCAUCUAUUGGAGACUUUAUGUGGGAGGUACAACUGCAUAGUAAUCCUGAGCUAGUUAUGUGGAAGGGCACUCAGAAAUACUACAGGAGCGGCCCAUGGAAUGGUAUUGGUUUCAGUGGUGGCAUCGCUCUAAAGCCUAACCCUAUUUUUGGGUACAAUUUUGUGUCAACUGAGGAGGAGGUAUAUUACAUGUACAACCUCAAAAAUAAAUCUCUAUUUACAAGGAUAGUUAUGAAUCAAACUACAUAUAAUCGUCAGCGGUACACUUGGAAUGAUGUCAAUCAAAGCUGGAUUCUCUAUGACACUGUGCCAAGGGAUCGAUGUGACAGCUAUGGCCUUUGUGGUGCCUAUGGAAAUUGCAUAGCUAGUGAAUUGCCUAUUUGCCAAUGUUUAAAAGGCUUCAAGCCGAGAUCAUUAGAGAGGUGGAACUUAAUGGAUUGGUCUCAAGGGUGCAUGCGCAAUAAACCAUUAGAUUGUGAGACAGGAGAUGGAUUUGUUAAAUUCUCUGGGUUAAAGCUGCCAGAUACAACGUAUUCUUGGGUCAACAAAACAAUGAAUCUCAGGGAAUGCAGGACUAAAUGCUUGCAAAAUUGUUCUUGUAUGGCAUAUUCAAAUUUGGAUAUUAGAGAACGUGGCAGUGGAUGCGCCAUUUGGUUUGGUGACCUGAUGGAUAUGAGACAGUUAACAGAUGAUGGAGGGCAAGAUCUAUAUAUUCGAAUGAAUGCUUCAGAAACAGGGGGAAAAGCGAAACGUAAGGUGAAGAUAACAAUAAUAACUUUUGCGUCCAUUGCAAUGGUCUCCGGGAUACUUAUGAUCAGCUUAGCCAUAUACAAAAGGAAGAACAAGUCCACUGAGAACAGUGAUUACCAAAAUGAAGACUUCGAGCUACCAUUGUUUGAGUUACCUACAAUAGUUAACUCCACCAAUAACUUUUCAAUCAGCAACAAGAUAGGAGAAGGUGGUUUUGGACCUGUCUACAGGAGCACACUAAUAGAUGGACAAGAAAUUGCUGUGAAGAGGUUAUCAAGAGCUUCGGGACAAGGGUUAAAUGAGUUCAAAAAUGAAGUCAAAUUUAUUGCAAAGCUGCAACACCGAAAUCUUGUAAAGCUUCUUGGUUGUUGCAUUCAAGGAGAAGAGAAAAUGCUGGUUUAUGAGUACAUGUGCAAUAAAAGCCUUGACUCCUUCAUUUUCGAUCAAACAAGAAGUAAACUGCUAGACUGGGCCAAGCGUUUCAACAUUAUCUGUGGGAUUGCUAGGGGUCUUCUCUAUCUGCAUCAAGAUUCAAGAUUGAGGAUUAUACAUAGGGAUCUCAAAGCAAGUAACAUAUUACUUGAUAAUGAGUUGAACCCAAAAAUUUCAGAUUUUGGCUUGGCCAAAACUUUUGGAGGUGAACAAACUGAAGGAAACACAAAUAGGGUGGUUGGAACGUAUGGAUAUAUGGCACCGGAAUAUGCUACAGACGGGAUUUUCUCUGACAAAUCUGACGUUUUUAGUUUUGGUAUCAUAAUGCUUGAGAUAAUAAGUGGUAAGAAAAGCAGAGGGUAUCAUCAUCCAGACCAUAGUCAUAACCUUAUUGGAAAUGCUUGGAGAUUGUGGAAGGAAGGCAAGUCCUUGGAAUUGAUUGAUUCAGUAUUAGGAGAAUCCUAUCAUCUAUUGGAAGUGAUGCGAUGCUACCACAUUAGCCUCUUAUGUGCGCAACAUCAUGCUGAGGACAGGCCAAGUAUGGCACUUGUGCUUUUGAUGUUAGGUAGUGAGAUUGCAUUGCCUGAGCCCAAAGAACCUGGUUUUUUUAAGGACAAACGUCGGUUUGAAGAAGAAUCUUCAUCGAGCAAAAUCGAAUCAUCCUCAACCAAUGAAAUGUCAAUCUCAUUGUUGGAAGCUCGAACCGUUCGAUGUAUUUCUAUAUCAAGCGAAAAAACUUUAUUCAACAAUUUCAAGUUCAGCAUGUAUACAAAUGUCACAAGGUCUUUAGGCAACAAAUUAACGGAAGCUGUGAGUAGUAAUUUAGCUGGGUGGAAGGGUUGGAUUUUGUACCAAGUCUGCAACUCUCCCGCACUCAUGAUGAACCCUCAUUCUUUAAUAUUUGUCAUUGCUAAUUUACUCCUCUUUUCUCAAUUCUCAGAUGCAACCGAUACACUUACUUCAUCCCAAUCUAUUGCCGAUAGCACUGGCGGUACCUUGGUUUCACAAGAUGGAAGUUUUGAGCUUGGUUUCUUCUCACCUGGUAGUUCCAGGAACCGUUAUUUGGGAAUUUGGUAUAAAAAUAUCUCUAUUAGAACUGUUGUUUGGGUUGCAAACCGUAGCAGUCCAAUCAACGAUACCUCUGGUUUAUUGAUGAUAAACAACAUGGGCAAUCUCAUCAUAGUUAGUAGCAAGAACAUGGGUAGUGUUGUUUGGUCGUCAAACUCAUCGAAAGCUGCAGCCCUGCAAAGCCCAGUAGUACAGCUACAGGAUUCGGGAAAUCUGGUCUUAAGAGAAGGAAAAGAUGAUGAAAACUCUGGAAUCUACUUAUGGCAGAGUUUUGAUCAUCCAACUGAUACAUUGCUACCAGGGAUGAAGAUCGGAGUGAACUUGAAGACAAGAUUUGAAUGGCAAAUCACAUCUUGGAAAAACAGGGAUGAUCCUUCACCUGGGGACUUAGUUUGGAAGAUCAUACCACAUAAUUACCCUGAAUCAACCAUAUGGAAUGGCUCCAACAUUUUCUCUCGAACAGGCCCAUGGAAUGGCAUCUCCUUCAGUGGUAGUCUUAUGUUAAGGCUUAACAAAAUCUUUGAUUUCUACUUUGUGAACACGGAGGAGGAGGUUUACUACAUAUACUACCUUAAAAAGAAAUCAGUAAUUUCAAGGGUUGUAAUGAACCCAAGCAGCAAUAGAAGGGAGCGCCAGAUAUGGGAUGAAUCAUCUAUGAAAUGGAUUCUGUAUUCAUAUAUACCAACGGAUUACUGCGACCAAUAUGACAAUUGUGGUCCCUAUGGAAUUUGCGUCGUUGAUGGCGUCGUUGAUGCAUCGCCCAUUUGUCAAUGUUUGAAAGGUUUCGACCCUAAAUCACCAGAGCAGUGGAAUUCAGGGGUUACGUCUCAUGGCUGUAAGCGUAACAAAUCAUUGGACUGCAGCCAGGGUACUGGAGAUGGAUUUCUCAAAUUUACAGGAUUAAAAUUGCCAGAUACUACGCAUUCUUGGGUAAAUAAAAGCAUGAAUAUCCAAGACUGCAGAGCCAAAUGCUUACACAGCUGUUCUUGCACUGCAUAUACAAGCUUUAAUAUUUCAGGAGAAGGCAGUGGUUGUGCUCUUUGGUUUGACGAUUUAAUUGAUAUUAGAGAAAUUCCCUCUGGUGGACAAGAUCUCUACAUAAGACUGUCUGCUUCUAAAUUAGCUGAGCUUGAGGCUGUAAAACAUGAACCUGACAAGAAGAUAGUGGUGAAAAUCAUCCCUGCCAUUGCUGUAGCUUCUGGGAUUCUAGGGGUCAGCUACUACUUCUGCAAGGGCGUGACAAAGUCAAUAGAUCAAAAAGAAAAGCAAGAUGAAAUUGACCAAAGUGAAUGCUCAGACAAUGACAUGGAACUUCCAUUAUUUGACUUUGUCAUAAUAUCACAUGCAACCGACAAAUUUUCUCUUAGCAAUAAGCUAGGAGAAGGAGGUUUUGGACCUGUUUAUAAGGGUACAUUAAUGGAUGGCAGAGAAAUUGCUGUGAAGAGGCUAUCAAAAAAUUCUUGGCAAGGACUAAAGGAGUUCAAAAAUGAAGUUAAAUUGAUUGCGAAACUUCAACACCGAAAUCUUGUAAAGCUACUUGGUUGCUGUAUUGAAGGGGAAGAGAGAAUGUUGAUUUAUGAAUACAUGCCAAAUAAAAGUCUAAACUCUUUCAUUUUUGAUCCAACAAGGGGUAAAGUAUUAGAUUGGCCAAAGCGUUUCAAAAUUGUGUGUGGAAUAGCUAGGGGGCUUCUCUAUCUUCAUCAAGAUUCAAGACUAAGGAUUAUACAUAGAGAUUUGAAAGCAAGUAAUGUAUUACUUGACAAGGAUAUGAACCCAAAAAUUUCAGAUUUCGGCAUGGCCAAAACUUUUGGAGCUGACCAAAAUGAAGGGAAUACAAACAGGGUAGUUGGAACCUAUGGUUAUAUGGCACCAGAAUAUGCAACUGAUGGCUUAUUCUCGGUGAAAUCUGAUGUUUUUAGCUUUGGAAUUCUAAUGCUAGAGAUAAUAAAUGGAAAGAGAAGUCAUGGAUUUUAUCAUCCAAACUAUAGUCUUAACCUUGUUGGAUACGCUUGGAAAUUGUGGAAAGAUGGCAAGUUCUUGGAAUUGAUUGAUCCACUUUUAAGAGAGGCAUGUCAUCUAUCAGAAGUGAAGCGAUGCGUCCAUAUUAGCCUCUUAUGUGUGCAACAUCAUCCUAAGGACAGGCCAACCAUGGCUUCUGUGGUUCUGAUGUUAGGUAGUGAAAUUGCAUUCCCUCAGCCAAAAGAACCUGGUUUUUUUAAGGACAAAGGUCCACUUGAGGCACAAACAUCCUCCAGCAAUAUUGAAUCGUUUUCAGCCAAUGAAAUUUCCCUCUCAUUGCUAGAUGCUCGAUAGAGCAUCAUUUAACUGCAUUGCAUGCCUUUUACUACGUACUGUUGCUGUACUUAGAGAUUGCAACUUCAAUUGACUUUUUGGUCUCUUUGAUUUGAGCUUACAACCGGUUUAUAUUAAGCGAUUAAUGAAACUAUAUUUAGCUGCU